CCAGUCCCGGUCCCCCUGCCCGUCCCAGUCCCGGUCCCAUCCCGGCUGCCCCGGUCAUGCUGUCGCGGGGGCCGGCAGGCUGGCGGGCGCUGCGCUGGGCGGGCGGGCGGCCGCGGGCCCGUGGGCUCCGCGCCUCUCCGCGGUCUCGGAGCGCCAUGCCCAGCUGGGUCAUAGACCGGUACGGCAGCAACGAGGUGCUGCGCUUCACCAGGGAGAUGGUGUUCCCCAUCAUACACUUCCCGAACGAGGUCAUCAUUAGGGUUCACGCUGCCAGCCUGAACCCCAUCGACCUUAGCAUGAGAAGUGGUUAUGGUGCAACUGCCUUAAAUAUGAAGCGGGAUCCCCUGAAACUGAAAACCGAUGAGACUGAAUUUCCGCUAACACUCGGUCGAGAUGUCUCUGGUGUUGUUAUGGAAUGUGGACUGAGUGUGUCUUAUUUCAAACCUGGAGAUGAGGUGUGGGCAGCAAUUCCUCCAUGGAAACAAGGCACUCUGUCAGAGUUUGUGGUAGCUAGUGGAAACGAGGUGUCUUUUAAGCCAAAGUGUCUCAGUCACAUAGAAGCUGCUGCCUUACCAUAUGUUGGUCUCACUGCAUGGUCUGCACUUAACCAAGUAGGAGGACUGAACAAAAGUAAUUGUAGUGGCAAAAGAGUAUUAAUAUUAGGAGCUUCAGGAGGAGUUGGUACAUUUGCUGUACAGCUAGUGAAGGCCUGGGGUGCUCACGUGACAGCUGUUUGUUCUCAUGAUGCCAGCACCCUGGUGAAAAAGCUUGGAGCAGAUGAUGUGAUUGAUUACAAAUCUGGAAAUCUGGAAGAGCAGCUUAAAACAUUACCCUUGUUUGAUUUUAUCCUAGAUAAUGUUGGUGGAUCCACUGAGAAGUGGGCAUUAGAUCUCUUGAAGAAGUGGUCAGGAGCAACAUAUGUUACCUUAGUGACACCUUUCCUGAUCAAUAUGGACAAACUUGGAGUGGCUGAUGGCAUGUUACAAACAGGAGUCACUGUUGGUUCCAAAACUCUAAAGCAUCUUCUUAAAGGAGUCCAUUAUCGGUGGGCAUUUUUCAUGCCAAGUGGCCCAAGUUUGGAUGAAAUAGCAGAACUAGUUGAUUCUGGAAAGACACAAGAGUUCUCUUAAAUGGACAGACCAUCCAUUCAGAAGAGUAGGUGUUUGGAAAAAAAGGCAGGAGAGAAUUACUGGAGGAAUUGUACCACAAUUUCCUAUAAGUAAGUGAAAAUAAAUGUUUAUGUUUGAAUAGAGAGAAUAAAUGAAAAUUAGAAAGACGCAAAGCAAUGAAGUGUAUCGAGAAGGUUUGGGGCAGCCAGCAAGUUGAGUUCUGUAGUUGAACCUGUUAGUUUUAAGUGAACAGUUUUGCAUAACGCAGAUUUUAGUUAUUUUGACAUUUUAGUCUUUUCUGUUACAGACACCUUAAUUUUGAGAUUGUAUGAAAUGUGAAUAAGAGAGCAAUUGGAGAGCUCCUGAAAAGGAGAGGCUUUUUUUCAGGAAUAAAUGAUGAGGGGGGAUUUAAAUGAAGAAAAUUUAAAUAUGAUGAAAUCAGGGCUGAUGGUUUAAAGAGAUAUUACAGUAAGUGAAGCAUUGAAGAGCAUGCCUCUGAAAUAGUUACAGAUCAUACUGAUUUGACAGUGUUUUUUCUUAUAGUCCAUCUGCACCAACACAGAUUUUUAGUUCUGGUAAGUUUAUCCUUUGUGAAAGCAAAAGAAUUCUCAAUCCUUCAGUGGAUGAAGAAUAAUUUUGUUUAAAGUGACUUUGUUUUCACAUGGAUGAUCUUUGCAACAAGGAAUAGAGAUUUGCAAAAUGUCAGCUCUGAGUUCUUUUAACCUUUUUUAAUGGGGAGGAGAAGGAGAGGAUUUGAUGAGUUGGUAGCGCAAAGUAGGAGAAUAAUUUUCCUUGUGUAAUUUACCUGCACAUCAGCUCAGUUUCGGAAAUCAUAAAAUCAUUUUCAGUUUAUGAGCUGUUUUCUCUGCCUUGCAGCUGGACAUCUCGCAGAGACUGAGGGGCUGGGAGACUCCUGCAACAGUAGUGGGCAUGGAGAAAACCAAGUAUUAUUUCCUUGACAAAUUUAGAGAUACUGGCUGCUUCAUAAAUUGCUGGGAAAUCCCUGUUAUGGUUUGAAACUGCAGCAAUUAUGACCCAGUAAGGACUGGCUUAAUGUGGGCUCCACCAGCGCAUGUCAGAAGCUACUGUAUCUCUUUCCAUGGCAGAUGUUCCUCAUGAAUUACAAGGUUCUAAAGACAACUGAAAUCAACAGAGGCUUUAAUUCAGGACACAGGUCUGCUGGUACACUGUUUGCUGAAGCAUUGUCACAGAAAAGCUUCUUAGGAAUUAAUUUGAUGUAUUUGUGGCCAGUGUUGUGGAUUUAACAUUGACAGUCUUGGUUUUUGCUGCUUGCCUAACAGUUUCUUUCUAAGGACAUGUCCUUGGUGAAAACAGACCAAAUUUGUGUAACUACUCAAGUUGGAGAAAGCCUCUAACUUACAACUGAGCACUUACUUUGCCUUUUAUAAAAGCCUGAUGGAAGAAGGUAAUCUCAGAAGACUCCUCAGUAAGGGGGAGUACUAAGUAUGUUGUAUGUUCCUACCAGGACCAUGAUAGGAUGUGGGUUAACAUGCAGACCUACAGAAAUGUGAUGUUUUCAUUUUAAUUCAUUGCUAUUUAAAUGCAGUACAAGUGUGUGUGCAGUGUUUCUGGUGACUUAAUACUCCUUCCUUCAGGGCGUAGUUGCAUCAGAUGGGCUGGUGGAUGAAACUUGUUUUUGCAGAAGGCAGGCUAAAGGGCAAAUAGUCUCCAAUCAUGAAAUUAAUAGACCAUUCUCUGUGAUGUUUGCUUUCUACAUAAAUGUUCCAGCACAGGCACCAAUAGGAAAAACAACUGCAUGCCUAUAUUAAUUUAAUUUGUGAGUAGUGUUGAUUAUACAUUCUGCUGAAGACACUAGAUGCUUUGGACUUAGCACCUGUUGUUGUGGUUUGGAGGACAGAUACUGACUGUUCUUUGGCCUUGCUGCUGUCUGCUUGUGCAGUGCUGAACAAAUCACAUAACCUUUUGCUACUAUUAUUUCUUGAUCUACUAAUGAGAGCUAGUGCCCUUUAUCCACCUGUCAUGAUUUGCUCUGAGAUACCCUGUUAAAAUCUAGAGUUCAGGUGUUUUCUAUUGCUGGUCCUUGCUAUUCAGGAAGUAAAUAACACAAAUGGAUACGGUCAUCCACUUUGACAUUACGUGGGUUUUGAAGUUGUUUGGAUGGCUAUGAUUUUAGAUGGCUUACAUUCCUCCUGCUACCGUACAUUAGCACAGCUUCUGGACUCUGUAUCCUAACCUGUGUGUAUUAAUUUGCUUCCAAUUCAUCUUGUUACAGUUCUGCAAGUAACUUUUUCCCUGGCCCUUGUUGCACAAUUGUUGCAAUGUCUCCCAUCUGUAUGAAUAUUAAACAGUGAAUUUAACAUUGAGUCCUUGAAUGUUCUCCAAAACUGGCAUCUAUAGAUGUGGCCUUCUCUGCAGUAAUUCCAGUCUUUAUGGCUGUGCUACGAAAUCUUAAGGUACCUGAGGUGACUCGCUCUUGGGUGGUGCCUGCUUUACUAUCUCUUAGAAAAGGCACUAGGAUGCCUAAAUAUGGGGAUUCUGCAUUUAAAUGUCUACAUUAGCUAGAGAUCAGUCCUUCUUCCCCACUCUCUUUAGUCACUCACACUUGUUUUGAGGACUAUAUUUCUCCAGCCUAAAUUGCAAAGCUUGCACCUUUUUUUUUUAAUUUUGUUUUCUGGUUGCAGUGCAUUUGCUUGCCAGGUUGGUUGGCUAAGGCCAGAGAUGUUGAUCAAGGAGAGGUUGCCAAAAGCUCUGUUCAGCCCCAGCCCUUUCUCUUCCAAAAAGAACCUCUAUCUGCAUUUUGUCACCGCCACCAAAGAAAAGCCACUGUGAUUUUUAUUAAAACAAUCUGCUCCUGUUCCUCCAGGACAUGGUAGCUUAUGUUCUGUAUGCUGUUUGGUUACAUCAUAAAGUGUCUGUGAAGAGCACCAGUGGAAAUUUUGCAUACUCUGGGGGGAUAGGGCUUGAAUAUGUGAAUUGACAUAGACCACAGUGAGGUCUUGAAAAAUUUCAUCAUCUAUCAGGAAUUUAAUUAAAUGUUCCCUCAACCUGAUGUAAUUGUAUAUUCUGUAGAAAGUCAGUCCUGGUGUUCGGAGGUCUAGUCCCCUAGUGUAGGAGGGCAUUGUGUCUAGCACAGCGGUGAAGUGUGGGGUCAACAAGACAGCUCUUGUCUAUUUUGAGUUUAAUUUGCUGAGAUCCGGGGAGAUGGAGAUCAUGCAGGACUAUUGUUAUCAUCUAUAUAUAUGAUAUGCUUUCAUAUGUAACUAUGUAUUUUUAUUUAUAUUUAUAUGUAACUGUACUAAAGUUUGUUCUAGUUAUACGGUGACAUUGCCCCAGAUUGCUUUAAUUACCAGCAUAAAUAUCAGGACAACUUCCAUGAAUGUGACUGACAAGGGAUUCCAGAAGAGAGACCUGGUCUUUCCUUAACAGUUUUUCAGCAUGGUCUAGUAGGUAACUAAACCCCCCAGGAUCUUCCUCAUUUCUACUGAUUUAAGCUUGGGCUAGGCUGGCACACACUGCAAUUCUGAACUUGUUCCAGUUUCUUACUACUCUGCAUUGUGUUCUGUAGAAGCUGUUCUGCCAGGGCUAAUUAACGAGAUAGAGAUUUUUGAAGCCUUUUCCACACUCUGAACUGUACCCUGAUAGCCUGCUUAACUGGGAUUAAUCUUCUAGCAUUUUAAUAAUUUUAGAUGACGCUCAUGAAUUCCUGUGGGCUGCUGUUAGAGAUUGGAUAUGAAAGAAGGUACCUUGGCUUAAUAACCAAACAAAUAAAAGCUGGUAAUACAGUUGUUGGUAAGAUAGCUCUGGGAGUAGACUCCGGGACACUUGCCUUCCAUUUCCAUGUCUUAACCACUGCAGCACUGUUUUUCUUACGGAUGUAUCAUUGGAUCAUUUUUACUUCUGUUAGGCAGUUCAGACAGAAAUAUCACAUACCUGAUGUCCUUUAAUGUGCUCUUGGAUGAAAGUGCAUAUUGUCUGAAAUACAAGUUAAUAAAAAACAUAGCAAGGAAAAAGUUCUUUAUGAAACAUUUAAAGACGGGGCUCUGAGCAACCUGGUCUAGUGGAAGGUAUCCCUGCCUACGGGAGCGUGGGGUUGGACUGAAUGGCCUUUAAAGGUCCUUUUCAACCCAAACCAUUCUAUGAUUCUGUGCUAGUACUGUGCAGUUGCAAAGCUACCCAUACAUGUGACCAGAGCCAGCUGUUCCAGAUGGGAAGAACUUUAAUCUUUGUCUUCAGUGAGGGCUGAUCCUAGAACCUGCUGCCAGCAAGCAAUAUGAAACUCAGCAUACGUUGUUGCAUGACAUUUUAAGGGGAAGGAUGAAGAAAGGGGUGGGAUUAAAACCCAGUGAUCAUGUAACUGAAAUACAGAAGAGAAGAUGCUCAGCUAAAGGGAAGAAACUACAGCAGUGUUCCAAAGCAGCAUUUUUUCUUCAAUGGGAUGAGUAACAAAUGAACUAAUUGAUUAGUUCCAGGGAAAGGACUUUUCUUUCUAAUGACUUCUGUUCAAGCUUCUUGUUAACGUUGAUGAGAGACUCCCUGAAGGCCCAAGGAGACUAUCAAGCUCUGCGUUUUUGCUCAUACACCACAUUUGGCACAGUGGUAAUUUCUGGAGGAAGGCAGCCUUUAUCUUUUAACUCAGAACAGCAAGCAGCUCUUUUCCAUUACAGCAAGCCUGAUGUCUGGCGGAGCACAUGACAGCUUUUGUUCCGUGCACGUGCAAGUACCUUUCCCAAAGAGUAUCUUUCCUAAAGAGCAGUGUGCCGCCGGAGGCAGCAGCUGGGAGGGAGGCACUUCCCAAGCAAGGCUGCCUGGGAGCUCUGACACGGCCAUCCUUUGCAGACCUGGGGGAGAGCCAGUGCACUGUCACUGUCCUUUGAGUGAGGGCACUUUCUUUUGUGCUUUGAACUAGGCUUGCUCUCAGUUCGUUUCUCUCCUGAGAUUUUCGAGGCUCUUGCUCUCCCUCCAGCGGCAGGAAGCAGCUCCACACUCACCGGAGCGACUUGCCGCUGCUAUGAGGGUCAAAGCCAUCUUCAUUCCUGUCAUGUUUUCUCACUUGUCCCCUACUGAUAAAUUCAGACUGUGUCCUUGCUACCACAGAAACUGGGACCUCCAAGGGUGAGCCUGAAUUUGCCAUUAGUGGAGAGUGUAUUCCUGCUGACCAGUCAACUCCUGCCAGUGCCUGUUCACUGCCUGCUGCUUUCAGGGCUGGAAUGGCUGGGAUAUCACCUCUGUGCUGUAUUUAGGAUAGCCUUAAUCAGCAUCAGCAAUUACUCUUUUUAUUUUUCCAAACACAUGAGUUCAUUUCAAGAGACCUGAGAUUCAUUUCUAUAGUGUGUCCUGUGUUGGAGAGAAUGAAGAGGAAGAAAAUACCUUUCAAAAAUGUUUUCAGAUAAACAUUUCAAUGCGGGUAUGUGCAAUCCUUUCUCUCCCAGACUUUAGUUUAAUCCCUUUUCCCUGAACAAAUAGGUGUCCUCUGGCAAGGAACUGAUGCGUGGCUGUAAAUAGGCAGUGUUUUUAUUAUCCAGUUAAUCUCCGUUUAUUAUCACACAUUCAACAAACAGCAGACUCCCCUACUUGUUUGUCUGUUCACAGGAAGAAAUUUUAUCUUAGUCAGUGGAUUAUGGUAAAGGCUGAGUGAAUCACUGUGCAGCAACACGGUCAGCCCUUUCAGGGUUAUUCAAACAAUGGGACUGACCAGCCAGCCAGAUAAAAUGUUUAAUGCUCUAGAUUGUCAGGAUCAUCAAUUUAGUAUUCAUGUCUCUCUAUAGCACUACCUAAAGCCAGCAUUUAAAUGGAGCUAGAGGUUACAUCAAUGUAGCAGCUGGGCUUUGAGCAUGUGGUGACUGCAAUACACAGUGUUUUGAACUGUGAGGCUGAAUUCAGGGUUCCUCUGAAUCACUGUGUCAACACUUUUCAAAUGCAAUAAACCUUACCCAACAGGCUGAGGAUGCAACAUACCUCUUUCUGUCAGGGUUAUAAGCUGCAACCUACAGUAAGUCAGUGACUGCAGGUAACACAACAAUGAAGUACCUUGUUCAGAAUGUUUUCUCAGUUGCUGCAGGUGUCUGAAAUUAACUUCUGCCUUUCCCUGGAAUCCAUUGCACUUCACAUCCCUUGUGCUGCUGCAUUGCUUUCAUCUCCAAAUACCCUUCCCCUCCUCCCUGCCUCUGGUCUUGUUGGGGUCAUCUGUGUCCAUGCUCCAGCAGGCUGAGUUUCUGUAUCUUUUUUUUUUUUUCUCAUUAAUGAAGCACAGGCUUUGUAUGCAACUGCCAUUAACAAUAAGUGCUGUACAAGGGCUGCACUUGUGCUUGGCUCAACAAGGUUCCUGAAUUGUUUUUCCCAAGAUUCUACUAUGAAAGUCAGGACUGGUCUUCCUCAAAAUAGUCACUACUGACCAGUAGCACGUUCCUCCUGCUGAGAGUCACAGCAGCUGCAGCUGCACCCAGAUGCUUGAUUUACCCAAAGCCAUUGUCUAAUCCAGUGUUUUUGCUGCCCCGGGUCAACGUCCCUGACUUUGCUGAUGUCUCAGACAACACUUCCAUUCUGUGCUGGAUGCUCAGCAGACAUGAGUUUGUCUUGGAACACAAUUGUUUAAACCCCACAUUUCUUCCUCAGCUGAGGUAUCUCUGUGGCUCCUCUACCGUGUGUUACUACUCAUUUUGCUAGGGGUUGGUUUACAGGGACUGUCCUGGCAUAACAAGGGGAAGAAAUAGCCUGGUGCAUGGCAAAUUUGAGGCACUGGGUGAAUAUAUUCAUUUGAACGUUUGCUCUCAUAGUGAUUUGGCUGCUAAUUCUGAUGUAUUUGGGGGGGGAAGGGGAGGGGAGGUGUGACGCAUUCCUGCUUUUCUGCCAUGUAAAGUUUCAAGCUACAGCGAUUACAGAUUACGAGAUACUGCGGUGUUAUAUUUACUUACAUUACUGAUGUCUUGGACUACUGUUCUCUUAUAAGCAAAAUCAGUAAUAAUUUUAGUGCAAGGAAUGAAUGUCAAGGUAAGGCACAGUCUGAAUAAAGAAAAAAUUAAGAGUUGAGAAAAUUAAGAGUUGAGAAGAGAGCCUCCAUGAGCAUGGACAACUACCAGACUGCAUUUGUUGUGCUGCUGGGCGGUCAGUGCCGCUGCUUGGAAAAUGUGUGUAUAUGAAAACCUUUCCUUGGUGGUGCUGCAGGCUGACCUCCUAAGCAUCACAUCUGAACGUAUAGCCCUUGUCUUGUGGUAAAAGCAAGCAAACCUUUUAAAAGACAGCACUGUUCCAAUGCUGGCAAAUUGUUUGGGUCCUUAUUGCUCUUGUAUUCCUUUUCUAUCUAGCGAGAUGUGUGUCCUGCCAGAACAGGGAAGUUAUCAGUUCUGGAGUAUUCAACAAGAUAGUGUGCAUGUUUGUAGCUCUGAGGAAAAUGCCUGAAGGUAUUUUUUCUCUGACACAAGUAUCAAGGAUCUAUUUCUGGCACUGUAAAUAGUGUGUUUGGAUCUUUGGUACUUCAAAUCUUCAUCGCUGCAAGAGCUAGCAGGUUUUCCUCUAAUAAGAGGAUUAGGAUCAGUUCAAUCAAUUGGGCUGGUGUAGGGGAUCCAAGGUAAACAAACAAUCUCAGGGUUGGUAGGAUCUUCGGUAGGAGGUGUGGGAGGUAUUUUUGUACACAGAUUUCAUUUUGUCCUUUGGAAGGCUGA